UGUAGGUACUUAUAACGGCGCGCCUGCUCGCCGACGCCACUCCGGCACGCUCCGUCACCGCGCGCGCCUAACUUUUUUUGCAAGUAUUCUAGACUUUCUGACGAGAACCGACAUUUGUGACCAUGAAGCAAGGGUUGCUGGUGUUCCUCUCGAUAUGUGCUUUAACCACAGCCAUGGUUCCCAGAGUUAGGCGAGCCAUGAAUACUGAGGACGACGAUCUGCUCCAGGCGAUGUCGACAACAUCGACUACCACGACUUCUGGAGAAGAAACAAGGACUUGUGCCUACCAAACCCCAUGCGCAUGGACCGUCUACAGACCGGGCAUGCCGGCUUUCUCAGAAAUGUACAUCCCCAAUAAAUAUUGUGUCUGCGCCAGUGGCACUGUUUGCAAGAAAUCGGAGAACGACACAUCGGCGAAUACACAUAUACAUCGUUGUCGGCCACCCUCCCCGGACGACAACGAAGAGAGCUAGCGUGCUACCGCGCGGCGCCACAUACUCCGACGUCGCUUAGUCUCCGGGCCCACCGCUCCAUCACACCAAGUGGUUUAACAAUCACACACAAACAACAAAUCUUUACUGAGAUACAUAUUUCAUACCGAUUUGACCGCCUACACUUGCCAGCGUACUUAAUAAUCUCGUGCAAGUUGCAGGUAAAUGUACCCCCCUAAGGGACCCCAAAUGACUAUGGUCUACAAUUCUACAUAAUUAUAAGUUCUUUUUUUGACAUUUUGUCCACUUCAAGAUGAGACGCUACAUGACCAUAGUUGAUUCUUGAUACUUUAUGAUAUUUGACGAUUCGGACAGUACCUACCUAACACAAAUAGUAAAAUGUAAUUAAUGAUCAUGACGCUACGUAAUAUCAUCAACAUUAUAUUGAACCCGUCUCAAUCCUUAUAAUAUGUAGCUUUAUAAUUACUUUUUAUCAUUGGAUGUAAUUUUUAAUUAUGAG